AUGAAGAACGAUCAUAUGUUGGUAAAACCCGCCAUUCUAUUCAUUUCAAAUCUGAAUGAAAACUCCGAGAUCUUGAACUCUGUAAUCAAAGAAAACUUCCAGGUGUACUUCCACAAGUUCAAAUCAAGUGAGCCAGAAGACUUUUUAGAAUACUUGCACGAAACAUUUACAGAAAAUGCACCUCUAGCGGCAAUAUACGCAGGGUUUACUGCAUUCGGUCCUAUUGGUGGACUUACUAAAGAUAUGAUAGAGCACGCAUAUUUUCCAAGACAUUCACUUCAAUGCAUUACCUUGUGCUCUCGUGGUGUCGAUUUUGUGGAUAUAAAGGCCCUUAGCGCCCAUGGUAUUAAGCUACUAAACUAUGAAGAUGACAUGUCAAAUAUCGGCAGCGCACAAGGUAUAAUAAAACCGGCUUUGGCGGGAAACGAUGUCGCUGACUGUGUUCUGUGGCAUGUUAUUGAGGGGUUUAGGAAGUUUUCUUUGCAGCAAAGUAACCUGCGCUAUUAUAGAACCACUAAUUUAGCUCGUUUCUGUGCCAACGGUAGGAGUCCAGAAGCAGUUGAGAGUGUCUUUGGACAUGAACUACGUACAUGUCUGGCCAAGUCUCCUCGAGGACAAAAAGUACUGAUAUUGGGUCUCGGCGCUAUUGGCAAAAAAAUUGCCUACAAGCUACAGCACGGAUUAGGAAUGGAAGUUCAUUACGCUAAACGGAACUCUGACAUUGAUGCACCAUGGAGUUUUCAUGCAUUAGAUGGAAGUCUGUUACCUAAGCUGUCCCAGUUUUCGACAAUUGUAGUAGCUUUGCCAGGCACACCAGAAACAAAGCAUCUCAUCGAUAGACAGUUUUUGACUUUCUGUUCUGAUGAGCUUAUUUUAGUGAAUGUUGGCCGUGGGACUAUCUUAGAGCAGACUGCCAUCAAUGAUGCUGUGAGAGAGAACAAGUUGAGGCAUCUUGGAAUGGACGUUUAUUAUUCCGAGCCUUACGUUGAUGAAUAUCUUCUGGACUGUGUUUCGAAUGUCAGCUCAACGCCGCAUGUUGGGAGUGGCACGGCAGACGUUUUCAAUCAAAGCUGCGAUUUUGCACUCAAUAAUAUCAUAGAAGUUGUAUUGAAAGGCAAAAGUGGCCACUCCUUAGUCGUAUGA